CCGCUGGAGUGGAGUCAGCUGAGCGGGCGGGAGAGCCAGCGAGCGAGGGAGCGAGCGGCUGCCCGCUGAGCUGUACCGUGCGUGUGUUUGUGUGGGUAUUAUUGGGGAGAAGGGGGGUGGCGGUGGAGAGAGAAACAGCGCGCUGCCACGGGAGGCUAGAGAGUUUGGGGCUGGGAGCGGCGGAACAUUAUUUCAUUUCGGAACUGCCUUUCGAGAGAAGCUGUGCUAAACACGUUUUUAGUAACUUUCGACACUUACGGGAGGAAAAGAAAAAACACAGCAAACAAACAUUAGAAGAUCUGCAAGGAGGAGCAAGCGAGAGAGAGCGGGCGCUCCUGGGAAACCGUUUUUAGGUAUUUUUAGCAUUGAAUGUUGGAUGUAACUACUUGGACAGAUAUAGAAAACCAAAUGGCUUUAGCAGGCUGUCCAGACUACUUCCUGCAUCAUCCAAACUACCAGGACAGUGUGGAUCGGAAUGCAAGUCAUAGGCCUGUGGACCUGAUUGGUUCUGAUUUCCAACAAUCAUGUAGUCGCAACUCUCCUAGUCAAGAUGAUGAUGUUGACUUAGAAGCUUUAGUGAAUGAUAUGAACUGCUCCUUUGAAAACCUGUAUUCCCCAUGCAACACUCACUCAGAAACAACAUCUCUCAUUCAGAAUGGUCAGUUCUGCCGCAGUCAUCUUCAGAGCACCGGUGUAAACACGGCACAGCCAACUUCCCCAAGACCAAAGGUGUGGCGUUCACAACCUGUUCAUAUUCUUGCAGUAAGAAAGCUACAAGAGGAGGAGCAACAGCUUCGAACCUCAUCCUUGCCUGCCAUUCCAAAUCCUUUCCCAGAACUAUGUAGCCCAGCAAGCUCUCCUGUACUUUCUCCUGGAUCUUUACCCCAGAACCAUCCUCCUGACAAAUAUAUUAUCAAAGUUUGCAGUGAGGACGGCAGCAGCAAAGUAGUAGAGAUCACGUCAGAUAUGACAGCACGAGACUUAUGCCAAUUAUUAGUUUAUAAAAGCCACUGUGUUGAUGACAACAGUUGGUCUCUUGUUGAAUAUCAUCCUCAUCUCGGCCUUGAGAGGUGUUUGGAAGACCAUGAGCUUGUGGUUCAAGUCCAAUCCUCAAUGGGAAAUGAAAGUAAAUUUGUGUUCAGGAAGAACUAUGCCAAAUAUGAAUUUUUUAAAAGCCCCAUGAGUUUUUUCCCAGACCACAUGGUAGCUUGGUGCCAAGAAACGAAUGGUGCCAUACCACAGGCGCAGCUACUUCAGAAUCUUUUGAACUCCAGUAGCUGCCCUGAAAUUCAGGGAUUUCUUCACAUUAAAGAUAUGAAUCGAAAGUCCUGGAAGAAGAUUUAUAUCUUUUUAAGAAGAUCUGGAGUAUACCUCUCUACAAAAGGCACGUCUAAGGAGCCAAGACAUUUGCAAUUAAUAGCUGAUCUUGAAGACAGUAACAUCUUUUCUGUGGUAGCUGGGAAGAAGCUAUAUGGUACUCCAACUGACUUUGGCUUCUGUAUUAAGCCUAAUAAAACAAGGAAUGAAUCGAAAGAACUGAGACUUUUAUGUGCUGACGAUGAACAGAGCAGAACUUGCUGGAUGACGGCUUUCAGACUUUUCAAAUAUGGCAUUUUGCUGUAUCAGAACUUCAAAAUUCCACAGCAAAGAAAGCCAGUACUGUCUCAUUUUUCAACACCAGUGAGAAGUGUAUCUGAAAACUCCUUGGUUGCUAUGGAUUUCUCAGGAAGAAUAGGAAGAGUCAUUGAGAACCCAGUGGAAGCACAGAGUGCAGCCAUGGAGGAAGGGCACGCAUGGAGGAAACGAGGCCAGCGGAUGAACAUGCUUGGUAGCCCCAGUCCCCUUCAUCCAUCUGUACUCAGCUCAGUUAUUCACAGAACUCAGCCAUGGUUUCAUGGACGAAUAGGAAGAGAAGAAUCACACAGGAUUAUCAUUCAACAAGGGCUCGUUGAUGGAAUAUUCUUACUUCGAGACUGUCAGAGUAACCCAAAGGCAUUUGUACUGACAAUGAGUUACCAUCAAAAAAUUAAACAUUUCCAGAUCUUACCUCAGUGUGAAGAGGAUGGACAGAUGUUCUUCAGUCUCGAUGACGGAAAUACCAAAUUUACUGAUUUAAUUCAACUUGUCGAGUUUUACCAGCUUAACAAAGGAGUUCUCCCUUGCAAGCUCAAGCACCCCUGUACAACGGUGACCUUAUGACCUUUGACUUCCAAAAAAGACUGGAUAUUGCAGAAGUUGUUCUCCCUGAUAAAUUGCAGAAGAAUUAGUGGAUGAUAGAUCUUCAGUAUUCUACUGUUCAUCUGCCACAAGAUUGCCUGUUUUUAUGAGACUGAUCAUUACUUCAUCUUGCUGUAAACCGUGUGAGUUUAAAUGAUCGCAGCACACGUUUACUGAGUGACCCACAAACUGGAGCAUUUUAUGAAAAAGAAGAAAAAAAAAAAAAAAAGUGUAAUUUCUUAUACAAUCAACAACUGGAAGUUACAAGACUGGGCCACUUACAGAAUAAAAAUCAUGAAGAUAAUAGGUUUGUGGAGAUGUCAUCUCCUGGAAUACUUUGACAAUGUUUAUUUGGCUGAUUGUUUACUAAGUCUUUUUUUCUUCUUUUCUUGUUAGAGUUUUAUUUUUUUGCACUCUUGAACUGAACGUAACUCACAUUACUUCAGUAGUUUUUUCCUUAAUCUGAAGCAUUUGUGAGAAUAACGUCGGACAAACUAGGAAUUUUUUUAUUGUAAUAAUUAAAAAAAAAAAAAAAAAACCUGACAAUGUCACAGCUGGGACUAAUCUGUGGGAAUUAAAAUAGCCUAUCCCUGUGCAGUCAUCUUGAGUGUUAAUGGCUAAAGCAGUAGGAAUGACACUGGAGUGAGAACUAUAAGAGAGAAUAACUUGAUAUGAACCUAAUUUAUUUAUUGGGGGUGGGGGGUAAAAAUGCAAAGUGAGGGGCAGAGCUUUGUGGAUAUUAUGAUGUCUUUGGAUUUAUGCAAGGUGAGUUCCAUUUUUCAAUACCAAGACCUCCAAACUAAUAAGUUUGCAUGUUUCCUAACUGAAAUGAAUGGCCAAAAUGCACAGAUGAUCCAGUUUGAUUAUUUCACUCCUCCUGUUUGUUUCUUUUCUGCUUCCACAUGUGAAGAGAGCAGUUCUAAAUGUGGAUUUACCUUGAGUUGCUGCAUAAACAAGGACUCCUUUUGAUUUUGUACUGUAUUUUAAUUGAACUCAACAACGAAAUAACUUAAGUUCUCUUUGUCCAUUGUGUUUUUAUAAGUAGGGGUUAUGUGACACUUUUAUUUUUGUAAAUAUGCCUUAAAAUUUCAGACACCAUAGAUGUUUGCCUUUGGUUCUACUAACCUGGCACCCUAUAAGCAACCACUACGUUUUAUUAAACAUCUGUUAUCUUAACUCCCUGCCUGUUCCAAGAAUCCAAGCCAUCUGGAAUUUAUUAUCAUCUGAGUCACAUUCAUUGUAUUUGAAUAAAACUACACAACUGAUUGUGCAUCUUAAUAUAGUUACUAAUGUUGUUUGUUUUUAAAUGUAUUUAUGUCAUCCCAAAGUAGAACAGAAAAUAAACAUGCACAUUGAAUCUUUAUGGUGUAUAUAUCACAUAUCUAUACAUACAGAUAUGUGACUGGUACUAAUAUAUAUAUAUAUACAGAAUAUAUCCGUGUGUGUGGGUAUAUACUCUGUGUAUAUGUGUGUAUCCAGUCAAAAGUCUGGGCAUGUCUACUCAUUUAUGGGUGUUUCUGUAUUUUUAUAGCAUUUUUACAUUGUAAAGAAAACAAAACAAGAACAAAAUCAUCUUGUAUUUUUGUAUUCUUCAAAAUAGUCCCCUUUUGCCUUAAUGACAGCAGCACACUCCCAAUCAUUAAAUCAUUCUGUCAGUGCACCUCGUCAAAGAUUUAUUAGUUAAGUGUCCUUUCUCAUUUAUGUACUUAACCAAUCCCAGGUGUUGUGUAGGACGGAGUAAAUAUCCUCAUUUUGUAUCAUUCCAUUUUUUUCCUUUCAUAGCAUUUUAGUCAUAGAAUUUGCAGAGGGAAGUGAGAGGCCUUCAGUGACGAAAAAUUGCAAGUUUUCUAUACACGUCUGUAAGUGGUAUUGCAGAAAUCAUCAAGCGCCUUGAUGAAACUACUCGUAGCUGUCAUUCAGACUAAAGGAGGCUAUUUUGAAAAAUCCAAAAUAUAAGAUAGUGUAAUUUUGAUUUAUUGAGGUCUUUAUUCUCUCCAUAAAUUCAAGAGAUCUUUUUGAUAGUUUUGUUUUCUUUACAAUGUAAAAAGGUUUAAAAAUAAAGAACAAUCCAUUAAUGAGUACACAUGUCCAGCCUUUUUACUAGUUUGUGUGUGUGUGUAUAAUAUGUAUGCAUAUAUAUGUGUAUAUAUAUUACAUGUAUAUGUAUAUAUAAUAUGUGUGUGUAUAAAUUUAGCUAUUUGAAGCAAUACAGUAAAAUAUUUUUACCCAACACAAUAUUUCAUCAUGCUCUAUUGGAUCAGUUCUUGAAAAUGUUGCUAAGUAGUCUAUAUAAUAUGCCUUUCUUAAAAGAAGGAAAUUUAAAAUCACAAAUCGCUUAUUAUUUAUUAGUGAGACUUGAAUAGUAUAUGUUACAUUAAUGAAGAUAGGAUUUUACCUUUUUUUAAUAACUCUUGCAAGAAUCUAGGGGGACAAAUUCUGUAAUGGUUAUUCUGCAUCGUGUUAGUUUCACCUCAGUUUGCACAUCUCCUCAAUUCAUAUUGCAUUAUUUGCCAAUAAUUUUUGAUUCUAACUUGCCCAGAUGAAAUCAUAUAAAGUGUGUGUGUGUGUGUGUAUAUUAUACAGUUUUAUGUUACUGUUUUGGGAGACCCUGUUACAAAAUGAUUUGCAGAACUAAUGCAAUUAAAUCCCCCUCGACCCCCCCGCCCUCCAUUUCAGGAAUUUCAGUGAAUAUUUGGUCAGUAGUUGUGUGAAUCUGCACAUGUUGAAAAUUACAGACUAUUCUUCUUCUUCAUCAUCAUCAUCAUGUAUUCAUUCUUUCUUUAUAAAGUGGUUCCACACCUUACCUAGUAUUAUACUUGCAGCUGUCUUGCUUGUCUUGUUCUGGAAGAUCAUUCCCAUAAUGUGCCUCUUUGUGCACAAUCUCUUUAUCAGUGUCCAGGUAGGCACAUCUGUUUUUGUGCCCGUAUUACAUACAGCAUAUGCAGAAUUUGAAUCAGCAGGGAUAAAUAAAGUCAUGCCAUCUUUGAAGCAAAUGGAAAAUGUAUGUUUGAAAAGAGUCAAAUGCAUUUCCAUUUCUAAAAAUGAAUAGCAAUCUUAUGUACACGUUAUCGGUGCACAAUCAUUUCACAAGACUACAAUUCCAAGGGUUUAAAAUCUGAUUGUAGAUUUUGAAGUUCGUCUUUUGUUCUCUCCUUCAAAUUUUGUUUUAACCUUACAAGUUCUAUUCUUUCCAGGAGCAAUUAAACAAUUAUAUCUAUAAUUGUCUCCGAGACAUUUAAAAGGAAAUGUUAUAAAACAAAGGAUGUAGUUACUAUUUAAUGUUGUCACAUCACGCAUUUAGUUGUGGGGUAGGUCUAGUUAAGAACUGAUGUAAAGGUAAUAAAACUGCAUUGUUCU